AUGCUCCACCACUACCCCAACCACGGGUGCGGCGGCGCGGCAGAGCACGGCUGCGGCGGCGCCACCGCAGCUUCGUUCUCGGCGCUCUUCCACGUGCCACGUAAGCUCCCGGCGCACGAGGCGUACGACGCUCACCACGACGCCGCCGUGGACUGCACCCUCUCCCUGGCCGNCGCGUCCGCGUCCGCGCCGCCGCGGCGCGACCCGUGCGCCGCCGCGUCGACGCUGUGGUGGGGCGUGGUGAGCAAGCGCAAGGAGCGAAGCCAAGAGGCCGCCGCCGUGGGCUUCAAGGAAUCCGGAGCGUCCGCCGGGGCGAGCGUGAAUCUCGGCGCGGACCCGCUAGUCGCGCGGCGCUGCGCCAACUGCGACACCACGUCGACGCCGCUUUGGAGGAACGGUCCACGUGGCCCCAAGUCGCUAUGCAAUGCAUGCGGGAUCCGCUACAAGAAAGAAGAGAGGCGAGCUGCGGCAACCACGUCCGAGGCCGCAGAAAAAGCAAAUGCGUACACGCAACCAAGGUCCCAGCAACAGUGGGGGUGCUACGGAUCGACGGUGGAUAAAGACCCAUCAUUCUCAAUCUACGGUUCUGAUGACACGAUGAUGGACGAUGGAGAUUUGCCCUAUCUCUCAUGGCGCCUCAACAUCGUGCCCUCGCACACGUUCCAACUAUACAACUAGAUAAUGCUUUAAAUGAAAAAAAAAAUUUAAAAAGAAAAAGAAAAAGAAAAAGAAAAAGAAAAGCUUAGUUUGGGUGACCGUUGCGUGUAACGGGGUAACCUAUCUCUUUUUUUUUUAUUUUUUCCUUUUUGACGUUAAAACGUCUCUAACUGGGAAAUGGGAAGCAUGAUGU